ACUCAUCUACCAUUCACAGUACUCAUCGGAUGCCUGUCCACAUCGAUCACCCUAUUCCUCUCACCGGUGGUGAUAGCCAUAUGUCGCCGGAAGUCGAUCCGAUUGAUCGCCAUAUUAGGCGGUCUCAUCACAGCCCUGGGCUGUCUGUUCACCUCAUUUGCCACACAAUUUCAUCAGCUCUUCGUGAGCUACGGUGUCAUCGUAGGGGUCGGGGUGUCGAUGAUCCGCGAGACGGCCGUCAUUAUGAUCGGCCAGUACUUCAAGAAACGGCGCGAAUUUGUCGAGAUCUUCGUGAUCGCCAGCGCCGGCAUUGGAGUGGCUUUUAUGCCGCUAUUCCUCACGUUUACCAUUAGAGCGAAGAACUGGCGCUUCGGCUUCCAGGGGUUGGCUCUGAUCGCGUUCAUCACGUUUUUUCUGGCGGUCCUCUACCGGCCCGCCUCCCUAUACCACCCGCAGCGGCGAGCGAUACUACACCUGAAGAGUCUGCAGAAGAGGUCCCGGAUUAAGGACAAAAUGAAGGGCCACUCGAUGUCGCAGAAGCAGCAGUCGCUCAACGGCUCCCAAAUGGCGGCCCUCGAGAAACCGCCUUAUUUUGACUUCACUGUCCUUAAGUCCCGUACCAUUCAGAUACUCAUCUGCGGCACCUGUAUCUCGUCGUUCGGUACCACUACCCCACUGUUACUAAUAACACAACAGGGAGCCGCUGAACACAUUGAGUACCACUCCCUGAUGGCAUUGCAGGCAUACAUGGGCAUCGGUAUGGUGUUGGGCACCACCGCCAUAGGCGCUAUAAUCGUCAAAAACUCGGUGGAGUGUAUGAUCGCCCGGCAAUACCUGUGUCAGGCCUCCUGUUUUAUGCUGAGCGCCACCCUAUUGGCGUUCACGGCGCUGGACGACUACUCCGGAUAUGUAUUGUUUGUGUGGAUCUAUGGCUUCUUUUAUGGCGGAUACCAGUACUCCCUGAAGAUGUUUAUCUACGAGAAAGUCAGGGCCCGUAACUUCAACAGGGCCUGGGGUUACGUGCAGUUCUGUCAGUCCAUACCGACCAUAGUUGGCAUUCCUAUAUCAGCAUUCCUGAACGAGCACUUUGGCGACCGGACCGGCUUCUACCUGUCCUCCCUGUGCAUAGCGUUGGGCUCAUUAGUCCUCUUCUUCAUCGACGCCCACAAGAAACGGGUGGCGAAGAAGCGCAAGAUUAGUAGCGUCAGCGGCACCGACAUGAUGGCCACCGACACGUCCCGGCGCUGCUCGCACGAGCCCUCCCUAGACCUG